AUGAUUUCCCAGGAUGCUAAACGGCGAAAGACGGAUUCUGGCAGGUAUUCGUUAUUCCUCAUAAACUUGCCGCUUGAGCUCAUCCGUUACAUGCAGCUGUCUCGCCAGGACCUUAUCAACAUAUCGCUUUUGGACAGCUCCCACAGAGCAAAGUUUUAUCCUCUUGUUUACGAAAGGGCAAAACUGACAUGGCGAGACUUCAAGUCUUUUGAUGAGAGCUUUAAAUCCAAAGAUCUCGUUCGCGCGAUCCGCAUUUUCAGCGAUCUCAAAGACCGAAAAUCUACCACCUACGGCGAAUGGAACAUAUCGCUCAAGGGUAUAUUGGAGGAGUCUCCCAACCUCAAGGAGCUAGUGAUUGAAGUUAUGUCGUCAGCUCGUUGUUUGAAGUACCAGGAUAAGUUCGAUACCGAUUUGAGCGACAAGAUCGAGAAGCUUAAACUGAUCAGUCACUCCGGAGCGCCCAACGAUGAGUCCCUAUUUGAAUUGACUCAGCUGCAGAGGUUCCACAACAUCAAGCAACUCACUCUCAACGGGUUUCUUCUUGCCAAGGACCAAUACUUUUAUCCCAAAUUUAAGUCUGACUUUAGCGACCUCAAAGAACGGAGCAGGGAUGGUCGUCUCGUGUUUUUGAAUGAUCUGACCCUGAUCAACUGCAAAUGGGACCAUCCAUACAGUCUUAGUGACGUCUUUUCGCCUGUCUACCCUUUGCCGAAUCCGCUUCUCAAAUUGGAAAGCAACGAGUUCACGUCACCGGAACGUCUUUCUCUUUUCUAUAGCAAGGAGUCGUCUUCCUUUGUUGCUGCCGAACGGUUCAGAUCUUUUAUUGAUAAUGACGCAAACGAGCUCUUCCUUUUCGAGACACGUUUCUACUACAAUUUAAAGCACCUUUCGAUUGUGGUGUUGAGCGAAGAUUACAACGACAACAAAUACAACUACUACUACCCAUGGCUUAACUGGCUUAAUCUGAAAAAAAUAUUUCAGACACAGAAUGAAGAAACGCACGAGAUUGAGAAUAAAUCGAUUUUGACCAACCUCGAGUCGCUCACACUUGUUGGAUGGAGGAUGGCUACUCUGAGCGAAUUACGCAAGGUGUUUGGAGUUGGGAAAGAGCUCAAAUAUAACAUGAAGCAUUUGGCUUUGUACCUGGUCAGACCAGUUCCACAAUUUCAAGAAGUUAGCGAGAAAGAGAAGCUGGAACUGCGCAAAGUGGAAGAACAACUAGAAAUGAUUUUCAACAGCGGGCAAAAUAAGCACAAAUGCAGUUUUGAGGUUGGCUACGUGGAAGAUUGUUUUGCUGACGAGAGAUACGUAAAAGAGUAUACGAAAAAUAAUGAAUAA